AUGAAAUCUAGAAGUCAGGAGCAGAGUUUGUCGGACUCUCUGGAGUUGGAUCGAUCCCACGACCCGCUCACAGGUAACCCGUGUCCAAAACCAAACAAGAAGACACUGAAACAAAGAUUCCUGAAGCUGCUGCCGUGCUUCCACAGCAGCUCCAGAGCCUCCCUCACACAGAGCAACGUGGCCGAGGAGGGAGAGGUGUCCACAGUGUGGCACAGACCAGAGGGACUCGACAGACUCGUCCAACAGACAAACUUCAGCAAAAAAGAGCUUCAGAUCCUCUACAGAGGCUUCAAAAAUGAGUGUCCCAGUGGAGUGGUGGACGAGGAGACGUUCAAGAACAUUUACUCUCAGUUCUUCCCACAGGGAGACUCCAGCACCUAUGCACACUUCCUGUUUGACGCCUUUGACACCCAGAACAACGGAUCAGUGAACUUUGAGGACUUUGUGGUCAGUUUGUCCAUCAUCUUAAGAGGCUCCGCUGAAGACAAACUGAGCUGGGCCUUUAACCUGUACGACAUCAACAAGGACGGCUGCAUCACCAGAGAGGAGAUGACGGACAUCAUGAACUCCAUCUACGACAUGAUGGGGAAACACACGCUCCCCUGUGUCCGGGACAGCGACGCCUCAGAGCACGUCGACAGCUUCUUUAAGAAAAUGGACAAGAACAAAGACGGAGUAGUGACCAUUGAUGAGUUUUUAGACACAUGCCAACAGGAUGAGAACAUAAUGCAGUCGAUGGUAAUGUUUGACAACGUGAUCUGA